CUCCUUCGCGCAAUCCGGAGUAGCAAAGUCCAGGAAAACCCAACGAUGGCUGCCAUCGCCGAGCAGGCGCAAGCGGAGAGGAUCAGAAUCCAGCAGGAGGCUGCACAGAGAGCUGACCAACACGCUGAGCAGCUGGAAAGAGAAAAGCAAGCCCAGGCCGAGGUGAUCAGAGCCCGGGAGGAGGAAGCCCAAAGGGCAGCGCAGAUGGCAGAACAACUGGAGAAGGAGAAGCAAGAACAGAUGGAGAAUGCCAGAAGAGAACGGGAGACAGCUCAGAAGGCGGCGCAGACUGCUGCCGAGUUGCAAGAGCAGGCGAAGAAGAAGGAGGCUGAAAUGAAGAAGAUUUUAGAGGAGCAGAAGGCGAUGGAGGCCAAGUGGAAGAAGGGUAUCCAUCCGGUCGAAUGGCCUUCUCGCGAGCAGUUCGAUUCGACUAAGCGACGCUUUUACAAGGAGGGUAAAUUCCAUCUUGCCAUAGCUGGAAAUUCUGGAACGGGAAAGUCGUCUCUCAUCAACGCCUUUCGAGGCAUAUGGGACGACGAACCGGGUGCCGCUGCGACUGAUAUCGUUGAGAGUACCGCCGUCGUUACAGCUUAUCCUGACCCCAACCCGGCCAACCCUUUCAUCUGGUUCGAUGUCCCCGGUUCGGGGACGCUCGCAUGUCCCGAUUGGACCUACUUUAACGACCAAGGGCUCUACAUUUUCGACGCCAUUAUCAUCCUGUUCAACGACCGCUUCACCGCCACUGACAUCGCCAUCUUGAAGAACUGCGAACGAUACAAAAUCCCGACCUAUAUUGUUCGCUCCAAAUCCGACAUCCACAUGGAGAAUCUCCUCAAGAGGAAAAGGCGGGGAGCUGGUGCUAAGAGUGACCCUGCCAAGAUUCUCGACGACGCUCGCAAGGAGUAUAUCACGAAAACGCAGGAGUGCGUCAGGCUGAAUUUGAUGAAGAAUGAUCCUCCUAUCCGGUCGCAGAGGAUGUAUGCUGUCUCCCGGGAUACGUUGACCAUGGUGGUUCGAGAGGAGAAGCUCGAGGAUAGUCUCGUGCUGAACGAGUUGGAGUUGUUAAGGGACAUCCUUCAGGACGCAUAUUCGCGACGAUCUGAGAAGAAAGUCUCCGAGAACCAGAAGAUGAUGGAAGCUAAGUGGAAGACAGGGAUUAAUCCGGUUGAGUGGCCUUCCAAGGAGAAGUACGAGGCAACCAAACGUCGUUUUUAUAAGGAAGGAAAGUUUCACCUUGCCAUCGCUGGUAUUUCGGGGACGGGAAAGUCAUCUCUCAUCAACGCCUUUCGAGGCAUAUGGGAUGAUGACGAGGGUGCUGCUAUGACCGAUAUCGUCGAAAGUACUUCGGUUGUCACUCCAUAUCCAGAUCCGAAUCCUGCCCACCCUUUCAUCUGGUUCGAUGUGCCGGGGUCGGGGACACUCGCAUGUUCCGACUGGACCUACUUUAAUGACCAGGGUCUCUACAUUUUCGACGCCAUCAUCGUCCUGUUCAACGACCGCUUCACCGCAACUGACGUCGCCAUCUUGAAGAACUGCGAACGGUACAACAUCCCGACCUACAUUGUUCGUUCCAAAUCCGACAUCCACAUUGAGAAUAUUAUCAAGAAGAAAAGGCGGGAGGCUCGGGGCACGGCUAUUACCGCAGAGAUUCUUGAUGAGGCUCGCAAGGAAUACAUCGCGAGGACACAGGAGAGCGUCCAGUUGAAUUUGAUGAAGAACGAUCCUCAUAUCCAGUCGCAGAAGAUGUACGCUGUCUCCCGGGAUACCUUGACGGCAGUUGUCCGAAAAGAGCCGCUCGAGGAUAUGCUUGUGCUCAACGAGUUUGAGCUACUGGGGGACAUCCUUCAGGAUGGAUAUUCGCGACAAUCUAACUCGAAUGGUACGAUAUCGGAUGUCAUGAAGAAGGGCAUGAACAUUGUUCAGUUCUUUACAAAAUAA